AUGGGUGAAGUCUACAAAGACACUCGCGUUUAUCGUGAGUGGGAUCGGGAUGACAGCUCCUCGGACGACGAGCGCGUUCGCAAGACCACAAUCCGACGAUACAAGGUCACACCUAGUAGGACUGAUCGAACCGACCGAGUAUCCGAGUUUGACGAUGGACGCUCCCGCGCCUCCCAUUAUGGUCGCACCUCGGGUGACCUGCUCGAGGAAGACCGUCGUUCUUAUGCCGCGGACCGCCCUCGCUCUGCUUUCGAGUCCUAUGCCGGAGCCCCUUCUCACGUCAGUCACUAUGAUGAUCGUGGCCGGGACCAGGCCCCGAGAUCCUACGUUUACGAGAAAGAGAUCGAGAGAGAGACUUAUCCACCACCACCGAUGCCCGUUCCGCCGCCUGCACCUGUUUCCGCAGCUCCUACACCUGCGCCCGUAGCUGUAGCUGAGCGACCCCGUGCGACCGCUUUCGAGAAGGAAAUGGAUCGCGACUGGGAGCGACGUUCCCGGUUUGAUGGUCCACCCUUUGAGGAUGACGUCAGAGUUGAGAAGCGCAUUGAGCGUCGCGACGACGGCGAGUACCGCAUCGAGAAGCGAGUUGAAGAGCACGUCGACGAUAGUCAUGGCUGCGACGUCGAGCGAUACCGUAAGGAGACAGAAUAUUACACUCCCUAUGACCCUCCGCCGCCUCCUGCCCCCGUCAUCAUCCGGCAGCGUGCUCCUGAGCCGCAAAAGAUCAUCGUCCAGGAAGCCCCUCCCCCGGCCCCUGUCAUCCUAUCGCCGCCCCCCCGUCAAGAUCCCGGUGUGGUUGUGAUUCGUGAAAAAGAACCUCAACGUCAGAUCAUCAGGAGGGAAGUGCAAGUUCCGGCUCGCCCUCAGGAAGAGGAGUAUUAUUACCGUCACGAGCGUCGGGAUUCUCGACACAAGGAUUUCGCCAUUGAGCGAUACGACCGCCGACGCCGUGAGCACGAUCACUAUAGCGACGACGACGACUACUAUGUGCGACGCACAGUCGUGCGCCGUCGCGAGCGCAGCGAGAGCCCCCAUCAUAAGAGAUAUCUCGCUGAGGGUGCCCUCGCUGGCGCCGGUGUCACAGCAUUCCUCAACAGCCGCCGUGAUUCCUAUGGUGAUCUGCCAGAGCAUCGUGGGCGCAAGGUGAUUGCUGGAGCUGCUCUUGGAGCUCUCGGCACCGAAGCCCUACGACGAGCUCGUAGUGCUUAUGAGGACCGGUGGCAUGACGAUGAUCAGUCUCCCGACCGUCACUCCCGCCUCAAGCAGGGUCUCGGGCUCGCUGCUGUAGCCCUUGCCGCUGCCGGAGCUGCCAAGUAUUACCAGUCCAACAAGAUUGAGAAGGAAGAGGCGCACCGAGGCAGAAGCCGUCGUCGUAGCCGUGGCUACCACUCUGGCGACGACUACUCUCGCUCUCGUUCCCGAUCAAUUAUCCGGAGAACCACAACCACAAAGAAGAGCACUAGCCGCGGUAGCCGACGCCGCAGCCUCUCGACUGCAGCCAAGGCGGCCUUGGGCACCGUUGCUGCUGCUGGAAUGGCCAAGCAUCUCCGCAAUAGGUCCAAGUCCCGCGGCCGCAGCAGCAGCCGGUCAAGCAGCAGCUCACGGAGCCGAUCUGGGAGCCGCUCCCGCAGCAAGUCUAGGCUUCGUAGGGGCGCCGAGAUCGCUGGUGCCGCUGUAGCGGCCAAGGCGGCACACUCCAUGUGGAAGCACCACAAGGACAAGAAGGGUGGUGACAGCUCUGACAGCAGUGACGAUGAGUACUACCGACGGCGCCCCUCGAAGAGCCGUAGCCGGAGCCGGAGCAGGUCCAUGGCCAGAUCCAUUCAUUCAGAGCGCGGGACUGAUCCUCAGCUAGGCCCCGUAGUUGAAUACGGCACCGAUCCCCUCGCAACGCAACCGCCCCGCCCUGCGUCGCGAGGUUACGAAUCCGAGGCGGAGGCGAGACGUAGACGGCGCAGACGACGCAACCGGAGCCGCUCGGUAUCAUCAUCUGCGUCAGACCGCAGCAAGAAAAGGAGUAGAAGCCGGCUAGGAGAAAUGGCAGCUGCUGGUGCUGCGGCGAUUGGUAUCAAGGAGUACAAGGAAAAGAAGGACAGAGAGAAGAGGGAGCAAAGGUCAAGGGAACGUCGGUUGGAGCUGGAACGGGAGCGCGAGAGGGAGCGCGAGAGAGAGGCAUCUCGAGACCGUCGUGAUCGAGCUGCCAGGUCUCCCUCCCGAUCCCGAAGUCGCUCCAGGAAACGUUCCGACGUUGACGCCUUUGAUGAUCGAACACGCUCACCACCCAUGGCAUCUGGUGGUGCAGGCUAUCCUCCUUAUCCCACUGACCCUUCUCCUCCACCUGGCGGAGCUCCCUUCACACGAUUCCCGAACCCUUCUAGCGACUAUCAGCCAUAUGUUCCACAAGACUAUACUGGCUAUCCACCACCACCACCUCCAGGGCCUCCCAGGGGCUUGUCUGCCGGACCCCCUGCCUCCUACAAUCCUCCACCACCGCCGCCGGGACCCCCUGGGCCCCCUCCUCCUCCAGGGCCUCCUCGAACAGGUGGUCCUCUGCCGCCUGACAAUGUGAGUGACCCUAUCCACGACCUCGGCUUGCGAGGUUUAGACGAGGACUCUGAAGCGGAGUCCCAUGUAGCCAAGUCGGUGACCUUUAUUCCGUUGUCACCUAAAAGCUCAAUGACAAUGAAAAGGCACCGUGCGGAAGCGGCGGCCAAGGAGGAAAUGGAGAAAAUGGAGCAACUUGCUUUUGACCAACUUCAUGCCCUUGUGCCUUUUAAGCCACGCUCACGAACACGCUCACGUCACCGACGGUCCUCUUCCUCAUCAUCUUCAUCAUCGGACAAUUCUGAUACUGGCCGAAAACAUCAACCUCGGGGUGAUGGAUCUAGCUCAGACGAUACCGUCGAGAUAUUGCCUGAUCGAUUUGAUCGACGUGGCGAGCCGUUGGAUGGGCGUUCCAACCGCAAUCAUGGAUGGAAGAAUCGCAGGGGAGAUUUUGAGUACCGACCUAAGAACCGUGGUGACAUGAAUGUCAGGGGUGCAUGGCAAGUUGCUGGAACCGAUGGUGAAUCUGUGGACCGACUCGUUCGUGGUGUCACUGGAGUGCUAGAAGGCAAACGUGGUUGGCUUGGCUUGCUUGGAGAAGUUUUGGGUGGACUGCAGGGAACUGAUGAGAGCAAGGCGAUUGAGGACGGGCGUCAUCACGAUAGGAGACGCAGAAGGAGGAGGCAUUCCGAUUGA